GUUAUGAUGAGUUAGCACAUAUUUGAUAUGACAUGAAUUAGAAGCACUAGAGUUUGCACGAGUCAGGACUCAGUCCCGUACAACUCUGUCUCAUGUAUGUCCAUGUUCAUUGAAAUCCAGACAGUGAGAAGCUUCCUUUGCCCCCCCUCCCCUGUCUUUUGCUGCUGCUACAACAGAACCACCUCUCAACUCAAAGACCCGGAAAUUUUCUUCAAGUUUGUUCCCUUUGUCUGUAGCAAUUCUUCGACUUUUCUUUAGCACUUGAGUUGAGUUGAAGCGCCAUAUUUUAUUGGCCAUAAAAAUUCAGCAGCACCCAUAAAAUUGGUUUUUGUUUUUUCGGAUUCUUUGCUGAAAGUUCACUUUUCUUCAAUUUGGUAUUGCUUUUGGGAUUUAAAGGCGGUUUAAACUUUAAAACUUUUGGCCACCAAACGUUCUGUGCUUUGACUGACUGGUAGUGGUGGGUCAAAUUACAGUUAGCAAGUAGAGCUGUCAAUGAUCCGCGUAUGCAACAGCUAAAUUUCAAUAAUUUAGACUCUUUGUGGAGCUGUUUAAGGUUUUUGAAAUUGAGGGACUGGUGGGUCGUGGUUGUUGGUUGGGCUUUCUUGGUUUCUCAGCUCUUCUCUCUGUCUUGUACUUGAGGUUCUGGACAUUGGGAAGUGAUUUUAAAGGGUUUGAGGGUUGUUGUUUUGGUGUGUCUUUUUUUGUUGUUUGUCUUUAUUAACAUCCUCAACAGCAAUUUCAUUAGAUUCAUUUUUGUACUGGGAACUGAAUUGUAAGUUAUUGCAGUUGGGAUUAGGUGGUGGUUUUGGUUGAUGUUGAUAUUGCCUCAUGCUUUCAGAUUCACUUUUUAGUGAAUUCAAGAAUUUGGAUAUUAGGAAGUGAAACUAAGGUUGUUGGAGUUGUGGUUUCGUGGGUUUCGAUUGCUCAAGCCUUGCACUAGGCAAAAUGGGGAGUAAUGGGGUUGACCAUCCCUUGAAAGAUUUGGUAGAGGAAAGUGUUAGCAGCCAAGAACAGAGUUCUUUUCGGGAGCAGAGGAAUCAGAAGACAAAUUCUUCUAGGCACACUUCGGUUUUAGAGAUUUUUCAGUCAAAGGAGAUCAAUGUUGGUUCUUCACCUCAGAGAGGCUUGGACCAUUACAUCACUGCACCUAUUGGUACUCCCAAAGGUUUACUAAUUGAGGAUCAUGAGAUUAAAUUCUCUAGAUCCAUGACUGAGAAGAAGGGACUUCCCAGGCAUGACUUCAAGCUGGAUAGACUGUCAGAGCGUGAAAAGAAAAAAUUAAUUGUUGAGAUGGUCAAGAUACAAAAUGAUGGAACAGUAGAAGUUGAUUUAGAAAAAAGUGCACCUGUUGCCUCUGAGUUGUUAGAGCUCCAGAGUAUUGAAGAUGUGCCUGUCAAUCUUGAUAAUAUGACUUCCAGUACUACCAAGUCAAUUCCAAGGUUGAAAAUUGCCAUACUUGUGGUCGGAACAAGAGGAGAUGUACAGCCUUUUCUGGCUAUGGCGAAGAGAUUUCAGGAGUUUGGCCAUCAUGUUAGGCUGGCAACUCAUGCUAACUUCAGUGCUUUUGUAAAGUCGGCUGGUGUAGAUUUUUAUCCUUUGGGUGGUGAUCCUCGUGUUUUGGCAGGAUAUAUGGCCAGAAACAAGGGUCUAAUUCCAUCCGGGCCAGCAGAAAUAUCUAUACAAAGAAAGCAACUGAAGGCAAUUAUUGAAUCUCUUCUUCCAGCCUGCACAGAACCAGAUAUAGAAACUGGUGUGCCUUUUAAGGCACAGGCAAUUAUUGCAAACCCUCCUGCUUAUGGACACGCUCAUGUUGCUGAAGCUCUUGGAGUACCCCUUCAUAUUUUCUUCACAAUGCCAUGGACGCCUACUUAUGAAUUUCCUCACCCACUGGCACGUGUACCUCAAAGUGCUGGUUAUUGGCUUUCAUAUAUUGUUGUGGAUUUGCUGAUAUGGUGGGGCAUUAGGGGAUAUAUUAAUGAUUUCAGAAAAAAGAAGUUGAAGCUUGCUCCUAUUGCAUACUUCAGCACAUACCAUGGAUCAAUAUCUCAUUUGCCAACGGGCUAUAUGUGGAGCCCUCAUGUUGUGCCAAAGCCAAGUGACUGGGGACCUCUUGUGGAUGUCGUUGGUUAUUGUUUCCUAAACCUUGGGUCAAAGCAUCAACCUCAAGAUGAGUUUGUUCAGUGGAUUCAGAAAGGGUCGAAACCUAUAUAUAUUGGCUUCGGAAGCAUGCCACUUGAGGAUCCCAAGAAAACUACGGAGAUUAUAUUGGAGGCGUUGAAAGAUACAGGACAGAGAGGAAUAAUUGACAGAGGUUGGGGGGACCUGGGGAAUUUUACAGAAGCAUCUGAUAAUGUUUUCCUAUUGGAGGACUGUCCUCACGAUUGGCUGUUUCCUCAAUGUUCAGCAGUAGUGAGUUGCAUUUUUUUUUGGUCAAGUUUAAGGGACCUUUUAGAUGUUCAUCACGGUGGUGCUGGAACCACAGCUACAGGAUUAAGAGCUGGGUGUCCAACAACCAUAGUGCCAUUCUUUGGAGAUCAGUUCUUCUGGGGUGAGAGGAUACAUGAGAAAGGCUUGGGGCCUGCACCAAUACCUAUUUCUCAGCUCAGUGUCGAGAGCCUUUCAAAUGCUAUCAGAUUCAUGCUGGAGCCAGAGGUUAAAUCUCGGGUACUAGAAAUAGCAAAGUUGAUAGAGAAUGAAGACGGUGUAGCUGCUGCAGUUGAUGCAUUUCAUCGGCAGUUACCUCCUGUGCUACCAAUGCCAACUUCAUCUUCAGAGGAAGAUGAACUUCCAAACCCUUUCGUGUGGUUCUUUCUUCAACUUGAGAAGUGGUGCUGCCUGCCAUGUGGUUUGUAGGAUUCUUUCAGUGUCUUGUACUGUUGUACAGAUAUGUUUCUUCUUCAUUUUUUAUAAUUUUUUUUAUAGUCAUAUCAUUUUAAUUUGGUGUUUCAUUCAUUUCAUUCAUGGCUUCCCUGUGUGGGUUUGAUUGAUAAUAUUGUUUACAAGCUAAUGUAGGUUUCUCACAGCUUGUGUAACAGAAUUAGAUUGCACCAAACUUCAUUUUCAGUUAGUUAAACUGACAAAAUGAGAAUAUAACCGUGCUCAAUCGAGCUCAAUUAUUUAAAUCAAUUUUUUGGUUCCC